CUUCUAUCACACCGUGCACUAUGCCAACGUACAAGGAGCAAAUACAUCCAGGGUUUGGUAUAGAAAGGAUUUUUAUGAACUCUUAGUAAUAUAUACUUGGAAAUAUAAUGAAUUAUUAUAAAAUAUUAUAAAAUUAAUGCGUAGGCCAUUGAUUUCGACACGUGGCUACUAGUCCUGUCACCAAGGCCUAUCCUACCCCUCUUUGUCGUAUACACAACUCUGAGCCUGUCCAAACCAACCUACGUAACCCAUCCUUUCACAACAUAUUCCACAUCAAUGCGGUACCCAAUAGACCACUCAAAUAGUACAACGUAUCGACCUUAACACGCCCUCCUUCCGAUUUCCCUGGUGCCGCUGUUGACUGAGUAGCUACCACGGCAGAGCUUAUUGACGAACUCUUUGCUUCCGAUUGCUUCGCCGCUGAUGACGUCGCCGGCCCAGCAGUCACCACCGAUGUUGUUGGCGUAAAUGUCUGGCUAGCCGCCCACGAUGACUGGUUAUAAAUAAUCGUAGCUUUGCCUGAGCCGUCACCGCACGUCAAGCCCUCUUGGCAGCAGACGUAUCCGCCAUUGGCCUCGGCGCAGUACCUGUUCAUCGGACACCCGCCUUUAAGAUCUGGGCAGCACGUGUAUCCACUGGGGAUGCACCCAUCGCCGCACGAAGUUUGAGAGUCGCUCUUGCACCCGAGUGUGGAUUUGACAAGUACGGGGCUCGACGAUCCAGCUGCUAGCGCCGCGCAGGCGACAACCAUUGCUGCCUGUCUAGCCUUCAUGAUGUCGGAGGUUAUGGAGGUUGGUUGUAGAAAGACAAGUCAGGAAAGGCACUAGCAGUCCACUACGCACCUCCGCACUGUUUUUACAGCACUGCAGGAUCACUUAUGCAGUGAGUAAUGCAGUCAUGGUUGGGUGCCAGACGCUGGCUGAGGGAGGCUGGCGUGGCGCUCCUCUCUACCCUUUCCAUCACGCUAGCGAAGCUAACAAGAACAAUGGUUUCCUAUUCGCAGGCUCGCAAAACGAUGACUUAUCAUCACGUCUCGUGGAACCUAGCACGCAAUAAAACAAAGACUGGACCUCGCUAAUGUCUGCUAGCCUUGAAUUGCGCAACCCGAUAACACUUAAGACUCGUGGUCGCUGAAUUAAGAACCAACCACUGCUGAAACGUGGUCCUCCCAUUCAGGCAAAAGUCGCCCUAAAUCGGGACGCCGGCAUUCGCUAGCGCUUACCAUUGUUGCAGUCCCCAUCGACAAGCUUUGCCCAGAACGCCUAAAUCUGGAACUUCCCCAGACUAUCCGUGACGGGGUUCGUCCUGAUGUGUCCUCCUAUAGGUGGAAUAAAUCCCCCAGAGCGAACCAAGCUACAGGCUGUAGUUUGAGGCUACUGUCUAGCUGGUGUAUCGCGAGUGCACGUAUCCAACGACAUAUAUAACUCUCGUCCGCAGUCCAUUGGAUUCUCUCGAGUACUCAGUACUCCAUCAUUCACUCUUCCCAAACUACAACACUUCACCCCCCAUAUCAAUCUUUUUUACACAAUGCUUCCCAAGACUCUCCUCCUCGCCUUGUCGGCUGCCAGCACGGCCUUUGCCGUCAGCCCUGUCGGCAGCGGUACCUGGAAGUCCGUCUCGCCUGGCCACUCUGACCAGCAAUGCGAAGGUGGCAAGGUCAACGGCAACGACUUCAGCCUGCCCAAGACUGCCAACGGCGACAACAGCGGCUCCGGCUGCUCCAACGGCCACUUGCGCGCUGAACGCCGCUACAGCAACGACUACUCGUCGGGCAUCCACCAGUUUGGCGGCCAGUUCAAGAUCAAGUCGUUUGGCGGCAAUAGAGUGUCGCUCAAGCAGACCUUCAACGGCGAUGCUGGACCCUACUUCAUCAUGGGUGUCGAGAACAGCGGCCGCCUGUACAAUGUUGAGGGCGGCGAUACCAUUGCCGACGGCGUGGCAAAGGUCGGCUCAACAGUCACCAUCAACACUGUCCACAACGCCAACACGAAGAAGUACCAGGUUUACGUUAACGGCGACCUCAAGUACACGACUAGUGCCCCUGGGGGCUCUUACUACGAUAAACUUGGCGCUUACAACACGGACAGCGGCACUGGUCCUAUCGACGUUGAGUGGACUAAUGUUGCGUUCUGGACUCAGUAAACGUUUCUGUGUAGCAAAUAUUUGUAAAUAGCAAUCAUCAUGAAUACAUGCACAUGCACCCGUACUUCUCCU